AUGGAAGGUCCUAACAAGCCCGUGACGGUGGAGAUCGGCGGCUCGGCGGCGCCUGAGGUGGCCAAGUGGGUGCGCGCCAACGUGCAGCAGAUGCCCGUCGGCGGCGGCGAAGGCACCGUGCUGCUGGCGCUCAAGCGGGCCGUGCGCCAGGGCCUGCUGCAGCGCGCGCCCGGCGGCCGCUUCCUGCUGCCUAGCGCCGACCACCUACGCGAGGGCAACCAGAUGCUGUGCCAGCACUGCCGCUCCCAGCGGCAGAAGCGCAACCAGUACGAACGGAUGAGGCGCCGAAAAGGCGGUCGAAAGGGCAGCCGAAGGGGCAGCAAAGGAAGAGGGCGCAGGGGACGCCGGUGUCCAGACUUCGCGGACGACAUUGACAGCAAGUAACACCCACCCAGCCACGCA